GUACAUACUCGUGUUGACGAAUUGACUUACUUUGACGAACUGCCAGCCAGACAGUCAAGCACAAGAGGAGCACCAGUCAGAUUAAAUACGUCAAAACAACAACAGCGUCUCCUUGGGUACUCAUAAAGUGCGCUCUCCGCUCAUAUUUUGGAACGACAAACCAUCAACAACCUCCAUUGUUGAACUCACUUGUCUGAUCCUCUCAACUUACAAGCUAUCACCCACUUCGACUCAUUCUCUCUUCUCACCAUGGCAAGCGAGAAGUCUGAUACGCUUCCUAACAAGCAAGAUGCUCAAAUCAAAUCCGCGGAUAUGAGCGAGGAGAUGCAACAGGAGGCCAUUGAAGUUGCACAGCAAGCCAUGGAGCAGUUCAGCAUCGAGAAGGACAUUGCCCAGUACAUCAAGAAGGAGUUCGACAGCCGCAAGGGUGCAACAUGGCAUUGCAUCGUCGGACGCAAUUUCGGCAGCUUCGUCACGCAUGAAACCAAGCACUUCAUCUACUUCUACCUUGGACACUGCGCUAUUCUCCUGUUCAAGACUCAGUAGGACUUGACAGCUAGGAAAUAGCCGGGGGAGUCACAGCCGAGUGCUUUCCAAGCUCAAGGGCCUGACUUCCGUAUGUCAAUGACUGCAACGAAAAGCCGCAUCCCUUGUCUCGGGCGUUUAUCGUAGUCGAUCUGUAACAAACAAAUACUUCUUCAACAAAAUAUAGAAACGUACUCCUAAA